AGCACCAGGGUGGGGAAGCGCUUUGUAGGCAUUGACUGUGCACUGUCGCCAUUGCUCGCUGCCGCGGCUGUGUUUGUUGUAAUUUGGUUUUUGGGGAGGUGGGGGUGGUGGAGCCGGGCAGUUGCAUUGGAGUUUUAUUUGAAGGGGAGGGGGGGUUGUUUAAUUUGUCUUGGAAGCCCCCGUCCCCCCAUAAAGUGCGAAUCCCCCACCCACAGCGCCUUGCCCUGUACUCCGUGCCCCAGGCUCGGGAACACUGCAGCCGGCCCCGGAUUCCCCACUCUGAAGCCGAGAGUCGCCACCAGCUCUAUAUCCAGGGUCUUUGAGGUGGAGAAAAGGGGGCUAUGACGACCUCACAGCCCUCCACCCUGGGUGAGCUGCAGCUCUACAGGGUCCUGCAACGGGCAAAUCUUCUCAUGUACUACGAUGCUUUCAUCCAGCAAGGUGGGGAUGACGUCCAGCAGCUGUGCGAUGCUGCGGAGGAGGAAUUUCUGGAGAUCAUGGCCCUGGUGGGUAUGUCGAGUAAGCCGCUCCACGUCCGCCGCCUUCAGAAGGCUCUACAGGAGUGGAUCACCAACCCCACCGCCUUCAACCAGCCCCUCACAAAGCUGCCAGCGAGCAGCAUCCCCAUCGCCAAGAUCUCGGAACUCAACACAGCGACCAGCAGCCCCAACUCCGCCGGCACAGCCCAGGGCCUGGUCUCGGGGCAGGAGGUCACCAACAACCAUGCCGGGUCACGGGAGACCUCGUCUCAGACAGAGGUGGCGGCGGCGGCUGGCGGUGGCGGCGGGCACCCCAUGCCCAGCAUCUCCCACGUGAUGACGGUGCCCAAGGAGGAGCCCCACUCGCCUCCCAAGGAUGGCGGACCCUCGCUGCCCCUGACUCCGGACGUGGUGCAGAUCAUCGGGGCCUGCGCCGAGCGGCUCAUCCACACCGUGCCCAGGAUGGAGCCCAAGGAGCUCGAGUGCAUCUUCAUCAGCAACAAGAAGAUGGCCAAGUCACUGGGCCACAUCUUCGAGAUGAGCGAACAGGAGCCCCAACGGGAGGAGGAGAUCCGCAAAUUCAGCGCCAUCUAUGGGCGGUUCGACUCCAAACGCAAAGACGGGAAGAAUCUGACGUUGCACGAGGUACAAUUGUAA